AUGGCAUCAGAAAGUCCUGCAGGAACACACAAAGAUCCCGUCACGGGAGAGAUGAUUUCCAAGACUGAGCUGAAGCGUCGCGAGAAGCAGCGCGAAAAAGAUGCAAAGAAGGCUGAGAAGGCUGCUGCCACACCUCAAGCUGCAUCUAAGCCUGCAGCGGCAAAUGAGGAUGACCUGAACCCAAAUCAAUACUUUGAGCUGCGUGCUCGUACGAUCCAAAAGCUCAAGGAGACUCAGUCUCCUAAUCCUUACCCGCACAAAUUUCAUGUCACCCAGAGCAUCACCUCUUUUGUUGAAGAAUACAGCAAGGAAGGCUUGAUUUCUGCUGGCCAGAAGCUCGAUGACACAAUUGUUGCUCUGUCUGGUCGUAUACACAAUAUCCGGAGCAGCGGCAACAAACUCAAAUUUUAUGACCUACACGGCGAAGGCACACAAGUGCAGAUUCUCGCAAAUGUCCGCGAUGCGGAAAACUCAGAUGAAUUCAUGUCUACGCAAGCACUGUUCCGGCGCGGAGACAUCGUCGGUGUCGUUGGCUACCCCUCGCGCAGUCAGAAGGGCGAGCUUAGUAUCUCCCCCUCGUCUAUGGUUCUUCUCGCACCCAAUCUGCACCAACUCCCAUCCGCCCACUUUGGUCUUAAGGAUCAGGAAACCCGGUACCGCAAGCGUUACCUCGAUCUCAUCAUGUCCCCUAGUACGCGCAACAUCUUCAUCACGCGUGCGCGUGUGAUCAAUUACCUCCGCCGCUACCUCGAUAACCUCGGCUUCCUCGAGGUUGAGACACCUAUGACGAGCAUGGUUGCAGGUGGUGCCACUGCACGUCCAUUUGUAACGCAUCAUAAUGAUCUGGAUUUGGACUUGUACCUCCGUGUUGCACCUGAGCUAUACCUGAAGCAGCUUACUGUCGGUGGACUCGACCGUGUGUACGAGAUUGGACGUGUCUUCCGGAAUGAAGGCAUUGAUUUGACACACAACCCUGAGUUCACUCUCUGCGAGUUUUACAUGGCCUACGCGGACAUGUAUGACUUGAUGGAAAUCACGGAGAACCUUCUUGAGGGUAUGGUCAAGUACCUCAACGGCGGUAGCACGAUUAUAAAGUAUCACCCCGAGGGCAAGGACGGCAAGGAGCUCGUGCUGGACUUCAAGACGCCGUGGAAGAGGUAUGACAUGAUCGAGACGCUCGAGGAGAAGACAGGAGUCAAGUUCCCCCCUGGUGACACGUUGCACACGGCGGAGACCAACAAGUUCUUGCGGGACUUGUGUACUAAGCACAACGUUGAUUGCAGUGAGCCCCGGACUAACGCCCGACUCCUUGAUAAGCUUGUUGGCGAUUUCAUCGAGCCCUUGUGUGUCUCUCCUGCAUUCAUCACUGGCCACCCACAAGUCAUGUCCCCCCUCGCCAAGAACCACCGCUCACGUCCCGGUCUGUGUGAACGUUUCGAAGGCUUCAUGUGCGGGAAGGAAUUUUGUAAUGCGUACACCGAGUUGAACGAUCCAUUUGAGCAGAGGUUGCGCUUCGAGGAGCAGUCGCGUCAGAAGGAGCAAGGUGAUGACGAAGCACAAGGUGUAGAUGAAGUAUUUGUUGAUGCGCUUGAGCACGGUCUACCACCAACUGCAGGCUGGGGCAUGGGUAUCGACAGGCUCAUCAUGUUCCUUACUGACUCCCCUAACAUCAAGGAAGUGCUUUUGUUCCCUGCUAUGAAGCCUAUUGAGACGGCAGCCAACACAAGCGGAAAGGAGCCUGGCCCUGCCGGGCAGUUGUGA